AUGCCUGUUUACACGGUAUCGAAUGUCCAGAAUUUAAGAAUAUGUGUGGUAAUGGUGGGAUUGCCAGCUAGAGGCAAAUCGUUCAUUUCGCAGAAGAUAGUCCGGUACCUCUCGUGGCUUUCUAUCAAAUCCAAAUGCUUCAACGUGGGCAAUUACAGGCGACAGGGAGCUCCGAGACCGAGUGCGGAGUUCUUCGAUGCUUCAAAUGAGGAGGCUUACAAAAUAAGGGAGCAGGCAGUAACACAGGCCGUUUACGACAUGAUGAACUGGUUUGCAGAUGAACAAGGUGUGGUGGCCAUUCUCGAUGCUACCAACUCGACUCGUCAGAGGCGUAAGUGGGUCUUGAAGCUUUGCAGGGAAAAUUCUAUCGAGCCCAUGUUUUUGGAAAGUUGGUGCGACGACAAAGAUCUGAUCCUUAGAAAUAUCGCUGACGUGAAAACCUCGUCACCGGAUUACAAGGGCAUGGAUCCUGAUGUGGCCAGUGCAGAUUUCCUGGAGAGAAUUGCAAAGUACGAGCAGGUAUACCAGACCUUAGACGCGGUCGAGGAUAGGGACCUCACCUUCGUGCGACUGAUCAAUAUUGCGCAACAGGUCAUCAUUAACAAAGUUGAGACCUACUUGGAGAGUAGGAUUGUCUUUUACGUUAUGAAUCUGCACAUAAAACCGCGGUACAUCUGGCUCUCGAGGCACGGAGAGUCGAUUUACAAUUUAGAGAAGAAAAUUGGAGGAGACUCUUCUCUCUCGCCGCGAGGACUUCAGUAUGCCGAAAAACUUCCAGAAUUUGUGCGUGAAUCUGCAGGUGAUCGCGAUCUCACUGUAUGGACGUCAACUUUGAUCAGAACGCAGGAGACUGCUCAACACCUACCGUACAAGCAACUGCAGUGGAAGGCUCUUGACGAGCUUGAUGCCGGUGUGUGCGACGGUAUGACUUACGAAGAAAUCGAGGAGACAUUCCCCGAGGAUUUUAAGGCGCGAGACGAGGACAAAUACGAGUACAGGUAUCGUGGCGGUGAGUCGUACCGUGACGUGGUAAUAAGACUCGAACCCAUCAUCAUGGAGCUCGAGCGUCAAGAAAAUAUUCUCAUUAUAACGCACCAGGCUGUCUUGAGAUGCAUUUACGCCUAUUUCAUGAAUGUUCCUCAAGAAGAGUCGCCUUGGAUGUCAAUUCCGCUCCAUACACUGAUCCGGCUCGAGCCUCGCGCCUACGCGACACACGUAACCAAAAUAAAGGCCGAUAUUCCUGCCGUGAGUACAUAUAAGGGCAAGGGAACCAGUCAAGUUGGCGAAAGUGACGCAAAUGAUAAGACAUCCGUGCAUGUGCUAACGAAUUUAGCUGACCAGAAAUAA